AUGCCUUACUCGGAUAAUGUGUUGGGCGAUUCUGACUCAACGGAUUCCCAGUAUGAUCUUCCACCUCCAAUUGUGAUUGAUUUUGGAAGCGGUGUGUUUAAGGCUGGAUUGGCAGGUGAGGAAAUACCAUCGUGUUGUUUUCAAAAUGUUGUGGGAUUGCCUCAUCUUGAGGACGAGCGUGAAAUUGUGGAAAGGUAUAGAAAGCUUCAUAUGAAAAGGCUACGGCGAUUGGGAAAGACUUCUAUCGUUACGGAAGAAGCAACAGAGGAAGGACAGCAAGAUAAAACCAAACAACUCACGGAAGAUGAUGACUAUUUGGAUGAAGACUAUAUUGUGGGUGAUAAGGCUCUUGAAUCCAGACACUCUCACACCCUCUUCUAUCCGAUGGAGAAGGGGCGUGUGGUGGAUUGGGAGCAAAUGGAAUUCCUUAUUGAAUAUGCAUUGUUGGAUGUACUUGAUGUCGAGCUGCAAGAAACUCUCAUCUUGAUCACUGAAAAUCCGAUGAUGACAAAAUCCGAAAAGGAAAAACUUGCCGAGUGUUUGUUUGAAGUGUUUGAAAUUGCUGGCCUGUGCUUCAUGCCUCAACCUCUUCUUUCAUUGUAUAGUGUUGGAAAGACAACCGGAUUGGUUAUUGAUUCUGGUGAUUGCAUUACGCAUACAGUACCUGUAUACGAGGGAUAUAUUAUAGAUUAUGCAAUGCGUCAUUUAGAUUUCGGAGGACGAGAUGUUACACAUUACUUACAACGACUAUUGUAUGGCAAGGGAUAUCGAUUUGCAUCCUCUUCGGAGCAUCAUUUUGUGAGAGAAAUUAAGGAGAGUAUGGCCUAUGUGGCCUCGGAUUAUGAAAAGGAAUUGACAAAACCAAUCGCGAGUAUUCAACAGAAUUAUGAAUUACCCGACGGUCAAGUGAUUAAGCUCGAUGAGGAAUUAUUCUCUUGUACUGAACUCUUGUUUAAACCAUAUCUUGUUGGAAAGGAAGCUCCUGGAUUGGCUGAUCUCGUCUUUGACACUUUUAAGAACUGUCCUAUUGACGUAAGAAGAGAAUACUAUUCCUCAAUAAUAUUGAGUGGAGGAAACACACUACUCAAUGGCUUCCAAGAACGAACCAAAAUUGAAUUGGAGAACAAUGAAAAGAGCUUUAAGCCGUUCCGAGUCAUUGCAGAUCCAAUGAGACAAUUUGGUGCAUGGAUGGGUGGCUCAGUGAUUGCUAGCUUACCAUCUUUUGAAAACGUUGUGGUCACCUUCGAGGAUUGGGAUGAUUACGGAACCAAGAGUCUCUAUCUUAAAGACAAGAGUUUUGCUAUUCAUUGA